AUGCUCCGGACCUGUCGUGCACUCUGUUCCCAGGCUGGCCCCCCAAGUGGGGACUGGCAGCCCCUGCGCUUUGAUGGUGGGGCCUUCCACCUCAAGGGCACAAGAGAAUUAACACGAGCAUUGCUGGUGCUGCGGCUGUGUGCCUGGCCCCCUCUGGUCACCCAUGGCCUGGCGCUCCAGGCCUGGUCUCAGCGACUCCUGGGCUCCCGGUUCUCGGGCGCACUUCUCCGAGCGUCCAUCUACGGGCAGUUUGUGGCUGGUGAGACGCCGGAGGAGGUGAGGGGCUGUGUCCAGCAACUCGGGACCGUCAGCCUCCGGCCCCUGCUGGCGGUACCCAUAGAGGAGGAGCCUGAUUCAGCUGUCAAGACUGGCGAGGCCUGGUAUGAGGGGAACCUCAGUGCUAUGCUGCGGUGUGUGGACCUGUCGCGAAGCCUCCUGGGGACCUCUGGCCCAACUGGGAACGUCCUCAUGCAGUUGAAGGUGACGGCGCUGACCAGCACUCGGCUCUGUAAGGAGCUAACUUCAUGCAUCCAAAGGCCAGGGGCUUCCCCGGAGUUGAGCCCUGAGAGGCUGGCAGAAGCCAUGGACUCUGGGCGGGGCCUCCAGGUCUCCUGCCUCAGCACGGAGCAAAACCAGCAUCUCCAGGCCUCUCUGAGCCGCCUGCAGCGGGUGGUGCAGCACGCCCGGGCCCGACACGUGAGGCUCCUAGUGGAUGCUGAAUACACCUCGCUGAAUCCUGCGCUCUCUCUGCUGGUGGCCGCCCUGGCCUUGCGCUGGAACAGCUUCAGGGAGGGUGGGCCCUGGGUGUGGAACACUUACCAGGCCUAUCUGAAGGACACACACGAGAGGCUGAGGCGGGAUGCGGAGGCUGCACACAGGGCUGGCCUGGCCUUUGGAGUGAAGCUGGUGCGAGGGGCGUAUCUGGACAAGGAGAGAGAGGUAGCCCAGCUCCACGGGACCAACGAUCCUACUCAGCCGGACUAUGAGGCUACCAAUCAGAGUUACAGACGCUGUCUGGAGCUGAUGCUGACCCAGGUGUCCCAGCAUGGCCCCGGGUGCCACCUCAUGGUAGCUUCCCACAAUGAGGAAUCUGUUCACCAGGCAACCAGACGGGCAGGCCGGCUAUGCCGUGUAUAA